AUGGAUAUGGAUGGCUGUCGAGAACAUGGAUGGAUCGAGGCAGAAACGAACUCCAACAGUCUCCAUCUAGCUUGCCGCAAAGGUAGGGGUGUGGUUGAGCGCCGGCUAUGCAGUAUCCACGCCAAGGGCGGCGCGUUUCAAGGUUCACCCAUACAUCUGGGCAGUUCCAUUUACGCAACGGCAGGCUCCUCAUCCAGAGUCCUGGAGCAGAUUACAUUGGGCAUCGAGGUAUUCGCUCAAUUGGUUAAUCGGACCCAGGAGCUACGUCCGACGAUGGAUGUGUGA